CACGCUCUGACUUGAGGCAUACUGGGGUCUGGUUUCCCAGACCUCGAGCGGAGCUAUUGCGGUCGCAGCUGCAACAAACCCGGUAACUCCUGCCCUUGCUCGUCAUGGUGGCGCCAUGAAGACGCCAUGAAAUACAUAUCUACCUGAUCCCGAGACAGCUUUGACACUUUCUUCUCUUGUGCUUGUGGACGGACACAUGUCUCACUGACCUCAGGGCGGUCUCCUUUCACUACUCGGUACUGUUGAUUUGUGCUUUUACUGUUCUGCUGCGUUGGUGGAUUUUGGCUAUCGUUCAUUUUACACCUGAUUCCCUUAGUAACGAACGUGCUCUUUGCUUGCAACGGUGCACCUUGGGACACAGUCCACUCUUUUUUCCUACGCUACCUCUUCUUUGCCGGCAAGGUCGAGGUUGUCCAGUCACUCGUUUGAAUAAACACGACUUGACCCGAGUCUGACGAUAAAUCCCCAUCAUGGCCGUCACACACUUUCGAUCUCACUCUGCUUCAGGAGUUCGAUUGUCCUUGCAGACUAUCUUUAGCCACAACCCUCUUCAGCGAUCCUCCAAGCAACGAAAACUCAUGGCUACCACUCCAUCAUCGUUCAAUUCCUCCCCGGCCUCCAGUUUCAGCAGCUUCACAGGAAAGAGCCGAGAGGCCGACGGUGCCUCGCAGAGCACCUACACCUCUACAUAUACCAAACCUCGCAACCUUGUACGCAGACAACCUUCGGCCAUUGACCUGGCGUUGGAGGAAGAACAGUCGGCAGACCAUGUCGAGCUCAUCGGACUAGGACUGCUAGAGCCCCGUCCACGGGCCAAUACUGGCUCUUCCACGUCGAGCCAAUGCUCUAUGAUGGAAUUCAUCGCCGAGAGCAUGCAGUCUCCCACUGUGUUGGAUGGAAUAUUUGAGGUCAUGGAAAGAGCUUAGAAUGUUGAGAGCCAUGGAACGAGCAACGGGCCCUUUGACAUUUCAAAGAGCAGAAUCAGAGCGUGGCAGCCUAUUGGAAAUAGGCGAGACGACAUUACGAGAAAUUCAUGAGUUAUGGUGGGAUGGUUCCAGCCAUGACGACACUUUCAUAUGCGGUCUAUUCGGCCGUUUGGACUUUGGAGGAGACGGAGCGAACUGAUGAAUAUACAAUUUUAAUACCGGGGAAUGUUUUAGGGCAGUUGGGAUGGAAGGAUCGGACUGGGACAGGUCAAGAAUACGAAUCCAUGAAUACCGUAAAUAGGCACGUAAGAUGAUAAAGGACGUUGAUCCCAAGCGAUCAAGUAUGAUCUACUGUAGAUGUUGUGACA